AUGGCAACGACUGAACAAUUUUCCGAUUACUACAGCACCUACCCACAGUAUGGGGGCAAUUACUUGGGCAAUCAGUAUGGCUAUAAUCAUGUGCAAUCAACUCAAUAUAGUGCCGAUGGAUGGGGUCAAUUUUACGGGAGUUGCGAUCAACAGAGUGCGGAUUUGACCACGAAUCGUCAUCUCAAUCAUCCUCAAUUUCCAAUCAAUGCAGACACUUUUCCCCCAUCAACUGAAACCUUUGCUAGUCAGAAGGAUAAAGUACCCCAGGAGGAAAACGUUGAAGAUUCAAGUGCCAAUGACUCUCCAACUCUAAGAGCUUUACUCAUGAGACCUCCAUCAAAAAUUAAAUACACCCCUAAUUACUUUUAUUCUACUACCCGGAAUGUUUCUAAUGUUACGUCAUCGAAUACCGGAUAUAGCCAGGGGAAGACUUUUGAAGCAGCUUAUCAGUUUUAUGCACAGAACGUCAAUCCCGGGACCAUUCCAGGACAAAUGUCAUCCCAAACUGCAGGAACACAGAGGAUGGAUAACCCAACCAGUUACCCUUCAGUUAUUCUCUCGCCCAAUCGAACCGAAGACAGUUUGGAUUUGAUGGAUGCCUAUCGAGGAAAAGUGUCAAGUCAUGGAUACGCAAAAGAGGGAUUUGAACCCACAACUCAGUUCCAUGAGAAUGCCAUUAUGACUCCGCAAACCAGCCCAGAGGGAUUUGUGGAAGUGAUCGGAACACCGCCAUUGUCUCCCAAAGAGGCAGGACCUGUCAAUCACGGAGAAAGUGCUCAGUCAUCCCCAAAUAUGAUACCUCCUUAUUCGUGGAUCCAUUCAGACAACAAAAAUAAUCCCAAAAGGACCCGACAAACCUACACAAGGUACCAGACCCUUGAGCUAGAGAAGGAGUUCCACUUCAACAAGUACUUAACCAGAAGGAGAAGGAUUGAGAUUGCUCAUGCUCUCAGUUUGUCAGAGAGACAGAUUAAGAUAUGGUUCCAGAAUCGAAGAAUGAAGGCUAAAAAGGACCAUAGAUCACCGGAUAGUCCCCUACUUCCCAUGGAUGACCCUAUGACUUCUGCCCAUUUUACGCAUCUCCUCAAUACUUCCUACAACUUCUGCCCUGAUCCCAAUCAGGCAGCUCCAACCAAUCCCCAACCCAAUCUACAUUUCCCAUCGUGA